CAUACAGCUGGUCGGCAUGUCGAGCAUCAUCCUCAUUUCCGCCUCCAUGGACUAUGACCAGAGUUGGAACGACUGGGUGGACGAGCGCUUCAACCUUAAUCACAAAAACGCGCAGUUCAAGCGUCGCAUGACGGACUACGCCGAUGUCGAAAGCCAGCAGGACUGGAUCAACAUGUUGAGCAGGGAUCUGUUUCUGGACGAAAUGUAUCUCCUCAUCACGCUGGCUGCGUUAAUCAUCACCGUGUUCCACACACUCUCCAGAGUAAAUAACAACCUGAUUGGUGGCGUCGUGUACACGUUGUGCUCUGGUUUACUGCUCGUGGCCAACACGUUUCUCAUCAUAUCCGUCAUAAACCAAGACUCUGCUGAAGACGGUGUAGAAAAGAUUCUUGAUAACGUACUGGACAAGAGAAACUCGUCCGGGUCUCCACAAGCAUUCGCAGCCGCCGCCGAGGUGGGCACAUCGAUGAAGAAGGACUUGAGCUGUCGUUCGGAGAACCACAACCAAGCAAUUUUGCGACACUGUCAAUUACUCGCUGUCAAAAUUUUGGGAAUUGUGAGCUCAUCAGAACAUAAAAUAAUUCCUUUUAUUCAAGCAGGGAUCUCUUCACUCCUCGCGAUUUAUUACAUUUGCUGCAAACCGAUAAUCAUUCCUGAAUCGCCUGCAGAACGCCAAGCAAGAUUAUCUCAGUUUACUGGCCAAAACCAACCGAUUCGGUAUUCCUGGGACCCCAACCCGAACCUUUUGUUAGCCACGAAGCAGCAGAAAUUGAGUUUGGCAGCCUCCGCACAACGGGAAUCUAUUCGAUCUGGAGAUAUAUCUCUGCUAAAGGACGAAUAUCGACGUACUCUACGCCAAGAUGGGCCCAACUUUGGCGCCUAUCAACCACACGUGCGCGGACCUUAUGACGGCAUCUAG